AUGAAACGCAUAGAAUGCAAUACACCGGACGACAUCAUUGAAUGGUACACUGAAGCUGAACAGAAAUUGAAUAACCAGAAAAAACUGAUAUUAAACUUAAACAAGGCUUUGACACAAAUUACACUUGUAUCCAACUCGCUUGCAGACUCCCUCUCCGACGUUGCUGUGCAGUUUGACGCAUUUUCCAAUUUCAAUGAAAAGGGUUUUGUCUCCGACAUGAUGCGCAACGCAAAUAACAAACUCAAAGCAUUCAAAGGGAUACUUCUCGACGUCAAACAGUCAUUCACUCGAGCAGUCGAGUCACUGAAAAACACCGAGAAAAACGUUUUCCCAUUGUUAACAACUAUUAAGAAAACUGCGUAUGAGAUGUCACCAAAACGUCCCCUCGACGCUACUGCGAUAUGUAGUAUCUAUGCGUACGAGUUUAUGGAAACGACGUUGAUUGACAUGUAUUCGAUUUCAGUGAAUAUCUCCCUUGAUUUGAAUCGACUUACUUCCACAGAAACAUUCACUCCUGGAGAGUUGCGGUCGAUGAAGGACUUCACAGUGCCGCGCUUGAGAGAAGACUUGAAAACCAUCACAAAGACCGCAGUCAUCCCCAUCUCCGACAAAUCGCUUGCAACUUUAAUUGAGAACGAACAGAUAAGUCAAUACGAAUUGCCUUACCACAUUUUAAAGAUGUUUCAUUUCCUUUUCGAAGUCGGGUAUGCCACUACGGGGAUAUUCAGAUUGGCCGGGAGAGCAGAUACCGUCGCUCUCUAUGCGAAAUUUCCGUCGUUGAUUGAAUACACAGAGGAGAAUUCGGUGACAAUAGCAGCAACAAUCAAGAAGUUCAUGAGAGACUUACCCGAGCCUAUAUUACCCAAAGAGGGUUACUCGAUAUUAAUAGAAGCAGCGAGAGAGUACGACCAACAGAAUUGCGACAAAGUAACUGAGGUGACUAUUGAUAACAAUUUGGUCUUUGAAGACAACCCUCAUAUCAACUCCAUUCACUUAGGUGGAGAGAAGACGCCACGAGACCUGUUCUUUGCUCGAAUCAAAAGUGUGUUAUCGAGAAAUGCGAUUGCGUCGACGGUGUUUCGAUACUUUAUCGAACUUGCAGUCAAGAUAUCGAAAGGUCCCAGCCUGAUGACCCCAAACAAUUUGGCCAUUUGUUUGGCGCCGUGUAUGUUACACGACGAGAAAGCAGAUAUCCGUGAUUGUGGAUUGGCUUCGAUGGUUGUCGAAGAAAUGAUUAAUGGGUAUGAGGAGAUCUUUAAUACAAAAGCGACGAUAUUCUCAUUGAUGCGAAAGAACAAAUUUGCGGACGCGCGAAGGGGGACGUUAAUUUCUGGGCGCGAGAAAAAGGAGUUCAUUGGGAUGAGAGAGUCGUUGUCGAGAAGUUUGUCCCCACCUGUUGAGCUUGGGAGUGAGUUUUUGAUGUCGUCCAAGACGCCGAAGAAAGUUGAUGUACCUCGGGACCUCACGAGAAGUUGCCAAUUACCUCUUUUACCACCAAGACCCAAUUCGAUGAUGACUGGAAAGAGUGUUAAGAAGGCUCGAAUCCGUCGAGAAGAGGACGAGGAACCGAUGAGAAAACCGUUGAACAGAGAUGCGAAGAAUGCGUCGAAAGCCAAAACGUUAAAAGAGUGUAAAACGCCCGUUGUGUCGCUGUUCCAAGAAAAUCAGUGGAAUUCCAUUGUAGAGGAGAUGGAAGCGAAAAGAAGACAAAUGGCGGAGAAGAGAAAUAAGGCCCUUGGUGUGUGA